AUGAUUGUCGUAGACUGUCAAUUAGAGAUUCUUUAAAGGGAUAGACGAAAAAUCUUUCUUUCCAUUUUGGUUUUCGUGGAGUUCGCAUCUCUGCAAAGUGAAAGAUGUCUCACCGGAAGUUUUCUGCCCCUCGCCAUGGGUCCAUGGCUUUCUACCCGAAGAAGCGGUCCCAGCGUCACCGUGGCAAGGUUAAGGCCUUCCCCAAGGAUGAUCCAUCCAAGCCCGUGCAUAUGACCUGCUUCAUCAGCUACAAAGCCGGUAUGACGCACAUUGUCCGUGAAGCUGAUCGUCCCGGAUCAAAGAUUAACAAGAAGGAAGUCGUUGAAGCUGUUACCAUUCUGGAAACUCCUCCAGUUGUGGUUGUUGGAGCCGUUGGCUACAUUGAGACUCCCUUCGGAAUGCGUGCUCUUGCCACCGUGUGGGCUCAGCAUUUGUCCGAGGAAUGCCGUCGUCGCUUCUACAAGAACUGGUACAAGAGCAAGAAGAAGGCCUUCACCAAGUCUUCACGCAAGUGGACCGAUGAUCUCGGCAAGAAAGCCAUUGAGAGUAAUUUCAAGAAAAUGGUUCGCUACUGCAAAGUUAUUCGUGUCAUCGUUCACUCUCAGAUCAAGUUGAUUAAGCAGCGUCAGAAGAAGGCGCACAUCAUGGAAAUCCAGCUCAAUGGUGGGACCAUUGAGGAUAAGGUGAAGUGGGUUAAGGAGCAUCUGGAGAAGCCCGUGCCCGUGAGUGAGGUUUUUGCUCAGGAUGAGAUGAUUGAUUGCAUCGGUGUCACCAAGGGUAAGGGAUUCAAGGGUGUCACAAGCCGUUGGCAUACCAAAAAGCUGCCACGUAAGACACACAAGGGUCUCCGUAAGGUUGCCUGUAUUGGAGCAUGGCAUCCCAGUCGUGUGUCCUUCACUGUGGCACGUGCUGGUCAGAAGGGCUACCAUCAUCGUACUGAGAUCAACAAGAAGAUCUACCGCAUUGGUGCUGGAAUUCACACCAAGGACGGAAAGCUUGUGAAGAACAAUGCUUCCACAGAGUACGAUUUAACGGAUAAGUCCAUCACCCCAAUGGGAGGAUUCCCCCACUAUGGUGAGGUCAACAAUGAUUUCGUCAUGAUCAAGGGAUGCUGCAUUGGAUCCAAGAAGCGUAUCGUGACACUGCGCAAGUCUCUUCUUGUGCACUCGAAGCGUUCUGCCCUUGAGAAGAUCAACCUCAAAUUCAUUGAUACAUCCUCAAAGAUGGGUCAUGGUCGCUUCCAAACUACAGCCGACAAGGCCACCUUCAUGGGACCACUCAAGAAGGAUCGCAUCCGCGAGGAGAAACUUCUCGCUGCCGCUUCCAAGACGGCUUAAUUUAUACACUUGUCGUGUAUAUUAAUGUUCUUCAAUAAAGCUGAAGACACAGGA